CUCUCUCUCUCUCUCUCUCUCUCUCUCUCUCUGCUGCUCACUGAAUCCAACAUGGAGUAAAGAGGAGAUGGGGCUCGUGCGGGGCCAUCCUCACCGACACCAGAGCUCCAUUUUCGGUCACCGCAUUCCAGCCCGGCCCGGCGGGGGCGAAGGAAGAGGAAGAGGAGGAAGAGGGAGAAAAGGAAGAAAAGGAAGAAAAGGCGUAGGAGGAGUGGGAGGAGAGACGGAGAUCCGUCCGAGAAAACAUAACGCACAACGGGAUUAAAGAGCCGAGCAGAGAGCGAGAGAGAACUGGAUCCACCGCCGCCGCCGCAUCUGCCGUUGCCGCUGUCGCAUCUGCCGCUGCCGCUGCUGCCGCUGCCUCUGCCGCUGCAGGGCGAGGAAACAUGAAGACACCGAGCUUUGCAGCCGCGGCGGGAGCUUAUUAUCACCGGAGUUGAAACAGGAAAAACAUGAGCGAGGACACGCGCCCAGAUGAUGACAGCUACAUUGUGCGCGUCAAAGCGGUGGUGAUGACCAGAGACGAUUCGAGUGGCGGCUGGUUGGCGCAGGACGGCUGCCUGAGCAAAGUGGGCGUGUGCAGGCUGCUGGCGAGCGAACUGCUGGGACGCAACAGCUUCCUCAUCCAUGGAGAACGCCUCAAAGACAAGCAGGUGAUCCUGGAGUGUUUCCUAAAGAAGGAUCUGGUCUACACGAAGGCCACGCCGACUUUCCACCACUGGAAGGUGGACAACAGGAAGUGUGGUCUGACCUUCCAGAGCCCGUCCGAUGCCAGAGCGUUCGACCGCGGGGUGAGGAAGGCCCUGGAGGACCUGACAGAAGGGUCGACCACGUCGUCAUCGACGCUGCAGAACGAGGCGGAGCUGGGCGACGACGACGUCUUCAUGACGGCCACCGACAGCUCGUCCAGCUCGUCCCAGAAGAGAGAGCCAGCGACGCGCACGCUGGCCCCGCACAACUUCUGCGAGGCCAGACGAAACCAUUGCAUCCUGGGACAUUUCUACGAGCAGCACCGGCCCUCGGAUCACCACUUCCCGGACCGUGUCAGCUUCCAGGUGGAGGAGGAGGAGAUCGUACGCAUCAACCCCCGCGAGCGAUCCUGGCUCACCGGCUACGAGGACUACCGGCACGCCAACUCCACACGGGACAAACUCGCCCAGCCCGACAACCACAACGCCUACAUACACUUCGCCAAGUGCGAGCCGCCCAAACACGACUACACCUACCCGUACCCGCUGAGCUGCGACGGGCAGCGAGGCUACGACGGCAAACCCGGCUACGACGGGCAGCUGGCAGGCAGUAGCGGCCGCAGAGCGGUGGUGACAGUACAGCCACGCGCCCUGCAGCCCAAAGGCAAGAGGCGGAAGGAGGACGGCGAGCGUUCCCGCUGCAUUUACUGUCGGGACAUGUUCAACCACGAGGACAACGGCCGUGGCCGCUGCCAGGAAGCCCCCGACCCCGUCCAGACCUGCAUCAGGAGGGUCAGCUUCAUGUGGUGCGCCGACAGCCUGCUGUAUCACUGCAUGUCGGACCCAGAGGGCGAUUACUCGGACCCGUGCUCCUGCGACGCCAGCGACGAGCGCUUCUGCCUACGCUGGACGGCGCUGGUGGCUCUGUCGAUGCUGGCGCCGUGCAUGUGCUGCUACGCCCCGCUCAGGGCGUGCUACCGCUGCGGCGUGGCCUGCCGCUGCUGUGGCGGGAAACACAAAGCAGUGGGCUGAUGUGGUGCAUUUCAUUUGUUCUCAGAAGUCAGAAUUUACGAGGUCAAAGUCGUGAAACAAGCUGCCUGAACUCAA